AACAAUUGCAGGUCAUUACCCGAUAGUUGAUAGUGCAAAUUACAAGUGAUUGCGUAAAACAAUCAAUAAUGCAGGCGAUACCUGAAACCUAAUCAGACAAAUACGAUGUGAUUGCAGUCCUUUACACGAAGUAGCGUUUAAAACAUGACUCCAAAACUGUACAUUUUCAAUGGAAGUCCACCGGCACGUACGGUACUAAUAACAGCCAAAGCGGUUGGUUUAAAUGUAGAAGCUCACGUCUUUACAACCAAUCAAGAGUUAAAAUCUCCCGAAUUCCUAAAGAUAAACCCUGCGCAUACCGUUCCAGUUUUGAACGACAAGGGAAAAAUAAUAUGCGACAGUCACGCAAUCGCCGCUUACCUUGUUACAAAAUACGCAAAAAAUGACUUACUUUACCCAAAGGAUGCUCAACUACGAGCGCAGGUUGAUCAGAAACUGUACUUUGACGCAGGGGUUUUAUACCCCACCUUUAAAAACGCCAUAGCGGGAUUUAUACGGAAGGAGUACAAGCAAAUUCCAAAGGAAAAAGUAGCGACUAUCGACGAAGUGUAUGGGACCUUAGAACGGUUUUUGGACGGAAAUAAGUGGCUGGCCGGAAGAAUUCCAACCCUCGCCGAUAUCAGCUGUGCGACUACGACCACAGCACUGAACCAUAUUCAUCCUAUCAAACCUGGGGUUUUUCCAAAGGUUGUUGAUUGGCUGAGACGGGUUCGCGGUUUGCCCUACUUUUUCGAGGACGAAAAGCAGUUCGAUCACUUCAAGCGCUUCGUUCAGCAAAUAUCAAACUGGGAUUAAGCAAUCGGGAAUUACAAUAACUGUAAUUUUAUUUCAUAUUCGUUUAUCAAGUGUGGUUGAAUUGUUGAUUUUUUACCAAUAUUAAAUUCUGAAAGGUA